CCGUGGCUUGCGAGUUUUGCGCAUAGCGCCGAGGUGUGCGCGCGCGCGCGUCUGUCUGUCCGCGUGUGUGCGCGCGCGCGAGUAAGGUAUAUGGCAAAGCCCUCUGGAGUUAUUCUUUUGUAACCAAAUGCAGCAGAUUUGUGCAUCCGAGGGGCUUGUUGGCUCGCGGGCGAACGCCGCCUGCGCUCGUUAACGCGACGACUCCCACUCCACGGGAGUUUUCCCUUCGCUCCCUCUUCGCUACAAUUGCCGGGGGAAGAGUCCGUCCCGACGGAGAACACGAAGCUUACUUACUACUAUCAAGACUUGGGAGUGAAGAGGCAGAAGGAGAGAGAGAGAGAGAGUGACCGCUGAAGAAGAAGUGAACGCACGGAUGAAUGUGCUUUGCAGUCACAUCUGAAGGAGAAGAUGAUGGUGAUGAUGAUGCCGACGCGUGCAGAUGAUGUGUGUUCAACGCAAAGGGCAGGGUCGUGACGUCGCUACGUCGGCUGAUUGAUUAUAGCCACGGUGACAAUACACUCUGAUCACACGCGAGUGUGCAGUUUGCCGGCCUCUGUCGGGAGCGAGGCUGGUGGUGCUUCUUCUUCUUGUUGUUGUUGGUGGUGGUAGUCGUGGUGGUUUUUAAUCUCUGGUUCUGGGAUUACGGCGGACCUACAGCUGCCACCACUGGCGCUGAGAAGACUCACGCGCGGACUAUGAGUAAGGAGGGCGUUGCAUCUGCAGUCGGGGAUUCGAGAAACUUGGUGGUGGGCGGCGGAACCGCGGUCCGGGGCCCAAUGCACGCCGACGUGGGACCCGCGUCCACUCCUCUGGGUCACCCCUGGCAUUCGCCUGUGGCCUCCCGAAGCUCCAGCCGCCCAGCCCCGGAGGGCUCGGCCCCCGGUUCCGGACUCAGGGGGCCUUGCCCCGACUGCCCCGCGCGACUGCCCUGCCCGACGGGAAGCGGCUGCCCGUCGUCGCAGGGCGUCCCCUGCCCUGGGGAGAGGGGCAGCGCCUGGCCGUGCGAGAGCUGCUCGCGGAGCAGGAUGGAUGACCUCAAGCGGCAGGUCCACGACCAGACGUCGCCCGGGCACACUGGCAAGGUGGCGUCGCUCGUCGCGGAGGGCCGUCGCGAGGGACCGCGGUCGCAGCAGCGAGCCGAGGGCGCCCAAGCGGACCCCGAGCAGAGGCCGUGCGUGGGGGCGAGCGACGCCUCCUCCUCCUCCGCCGCCGCCGCCGUCCUCUCCUCCCGCACGCCGGCGUCACCGUCCCUCGCCCGCUGCCCCUCGCUGCCUCCCGGCGGCGCUGCCCUGCACCUGGGGAGUGGCUCCAUCGCCGCGUCGUUUUUCGCGAGGGCGGCGCAGAAGCUGAACCUGGCAUCGCGGCGGAAGAAGAGGGCACUUGCGCCGACCAUGCGCCUGCCCCACGAGCCGCCCGUCUUCCCCACGAACUUCAGCGGCCUCCUCCGCGUGAGCCCCCCGCCCGCCCCCCCGUGCCUUCUGCGCGGACUCUCCAAGACCAAGGAGAGCCCCGGCAUCGGAAAGGUAAAGGUGAUGCUGCGCAUCUGCCCGUCGCACAGCUGGACGGACAGGGAUCUCGACGCCUCUUCCUCUACCUCUUCUUCCCCCUCGUCCUCGUCCUUCCUGAGGGUGGAUGGGAACAAGGGGCAAAUCAUCCUCCAGGACCCCAGCCCCCCGAACGGGUUGCUGAGCCCCCUUGCGCGUCGCACCGGGGUGCUGGCACCCAAGAUGUUUGCCUUCGACGGCGUCUUCUGCCAAGAUGCUUCACAGGCCGAAGUGUGCGCCGGCACGGUGGCGGACGUGGUGCAGUCCGUCGUGAACGGCGCCGACGGAUGCGUCUUCUGCUUCGGGCACGCGCAGCUCGGCAAGUCCUACACCAUGCUGGGAUGGGACGACGGCCCCCAGAGCCUGGGCGUCAUGCCCUGCGCCGUUUCCUGGCUCUACCGGCUGAUCGAGGAGCGGCGCGAGAGGGCCGGCGCCCGCUUCUCCGUGCGCGUCUCGGCCGUCGAGCUGUGGGGCAAGGACGAGCAGCUGCAGGACCUCCUCGCCGACGUGGCCACGGGCCGGGGCGCAGACUCCGGCAGCCAGUCACCCGGCAUCUACCUGCGCGAGGACCCCAUCUUCGGCACGCAGCUGCAGAACCAGAACGAGCUGCGGGCCCCGACCCCCGAGAUGGCCGCCUAUUACCUGGACGCGGCGUUGGCGGCGAGGAGGUCGGGCCGGCCCGACUGCGAGGAGGAGCGGCGCAGCGCGCACAUGCUCUUCACCCUGCACGUGUACCAGUACCGCAUGGACAAGACGGGCAAGGGCGGCAUGACGGGCGGGCGGAGCCGACUCCACCUCAUCGACCUGGGCAGCUGCGAACGACCGGUGCCGAGCCGGGGCGCCUCUCAGAGCCCCGCGCUCUCCCUCUCCUCCCUCGGCAACGUCAUCCUGGCGCUCGUCAAUGGCGCCAAGCACAUCCCGUACAGAGACAGCAAGCUGACAAUGCUGCUCCGAGAGUCACUCGGGAACAUCAACUGCCGCACCACAAUGAUCAUCCACGUGUCCCCGCUGGCCGCACACUACCCCGAGACGCUGUCGACCGUGCAACUGGCCGCCCGCAUUCACCGAAUGAGAAAGAAGAAGCCAAAGUACGCUUCGAGCUCCUCGGGCGGGGAUAGCUCGUGCGAGGAGGGCCGCGCCCGCCGCUCGCCCCUCGCCCGCCCGCUCCACCCUCGCCUCGUGGCUCUCGACCCGGACAUCCCCUGCGGCGGCUCCGGCUCGUCCCCCCGCUCGUGCCGCCGUGAGCAACGCUCCUCCGAGCCCGACUAUUCGAGCAGCAGCGAGCAGUCGUGUGACACCGUCAUCUACGUGGGGCCCGACGGCGGCGUGCUCUCCGACCGCGAGCUCACCGACAACGAGGGCCCGCCCGACUUCGUGCCCAUCAUCCCGUCGCUGGGCCGCGAGCCGGCGCGCCGCGAGCCGCGCUCGCCCGCUGUCGGGGGGCCCCGGGACACCGACCGCGACCGCCUCAAGUGCAGCACGUUCGCCGAGCUGCAGGAGCGGCUCGAGUGCAUCGACGGCAGCGAGGAGCCCGACGAGUUCUUCGUGGAAACAGCGCGACGGGAGGACGAUGACGACGAGGAGGACGACGAGGAGGAGGAGGAGGAGGCGACGGCUCCUGCGGCGGCUCCGGUGGCGACGAUGGAGGAAAUCGCCGCGUCCUCGCCGCGGCAAGGGGCCGAGAGUCGGAGGGUUCCGGGAAAGUCGGCCCUGCCCAAAGCGAGGGGCAUCUCCUCCUCCCUCGUCACCGCCACCGUCGCCGCCGCCGCCCUCUCACCGCGCGGCGCCGCGCUCGGCUGCACCGCGGCCAACAUCAUCGCGCAGUCGAGCCGGGCCGCCAUGCUCAGGGACGCGUGCAAGCAGCAGUGCCAGGCGGUCAUCGCCAGCGGGGAGCGAGCUCCGAGGAAGCCGCAGGUCGGCUCGCCGCAGCUGCGCAGGGCGAAGCCUUCCGCCAACGGCAAGGGGCCCCUGCCCAGCCCCGCGCCCCCACCCCCUUGCUGCAGCAACGUCGUUUCUACCGGCAGGGCAGCGCAGGAAGGGCCGGCGGUCGAGCUCCGCGCCCAGGGGACCCGGACGCCCCCGGUGGGCAUGAGCCUCCCCAUGAAAGCGGGCGGCGAGGCGGCAGGCGCCGGGGUGCGCGCCAGGACGGUGACCGUGCAGCAGCCGCUGGAGCUGAGUGACGAGGAUGUGCUGGUGUUCGCGCUAGUCGAGGAGCUCACCUUCGGCGAGGUCCUGGGACUGCAGGACGCUCGAGGUCGCCCGGCAAGCAUCAUCAGCUUUGCAAGCAACUGCAGUGUGCAGGCGCUCGCCUCGGGCUCGAGGCCCGUCAGCAUCAUCAGCAGCAUCGUCGACGACUCCGACUAUGAUCCUUUCCUGGCCGUGUCGCCCACGAGCCCGGUGGCCGCGCGCGCCGGGGCGGUGGCGGCGGCGGCGCAGGACGGCCGCGGCCCACCUUGCGACGCCGCAUCUGCCGUGAGCCGCUGCUCGUCGGUGAGCUCGUGGCUGAGCGAGGUGAGCGCUGAGAGCCUGGGCAGCGAGGGCGACCAGUCGUGCGACAGCUUCGUCAUGCAGUCCUGCGGCAGCCUGGGCAAGGAGUCGGUGGACGCCCUGUCGCUAGACUCGCGCGACCUCAUCCCCGAUGGCCUCAGCGGCGGCGGCGGCAGCAGCUCCGUCGGCGGGCAGAGCACGCUCCACGACAGUGGCUUCUCCACGUCGGAGGGCGAAAGCAAGAGCUGUAGCAGCUCCUACAAGCUGUCGUCGACUGGGAAGGCGAGCAAGUCUGCAAGCAAGCUGCCACCGGCGCCCCCCUGUAAGCCGGCAAGCGACGGCAAGAGAACUGCUGGGCUCAAGAGCAGCCUGCCACAGGCCGUGAGGACAGUCGGCCAUGCGCCAUCGAAGCCGGAAGCCGAGAGGACUGACGCGGCGCAUGGCGGCCACAAGCCUCCAUCGCCGCCAGCUGCUGCCGCUCAGCAGCCAAAGUCGACCGCCCCGGCGGCAGCGGCGCCCAAGCAAGGCGGUGGCAGCGGCCGCUUUGAUGACCCUUGGAAGAAACGGGAUGAAGGCAUUGGCUGCGGGCUGGCGUCUGGCCGCGCAGGCAAAAGUUGCUCGGGCCAGUCGAAACAACAGAGCAAACCGAGCAAAGCCAAGCUUUUACUCGGCGUCGCGGGAAGCUCGGCGAGUAAAAGCACGCCGUCGCCGCUGGGCGGUGGCAAAGCCUGCAACGGGGGCAUCGUGACAUCGCCGCCCGAGAGUCUCGCCGCAGCCGGCGCCACCGCGCGAUGGGCCGGCAGUGCAGAGAAAGCGGGAGCUCCCGCUCUGCUGCCGACCAGAGGUGCGGAAACACACGGAAUUGCCGUGAUGGGAGCGAGGACGAUGGCUUCAAAUGCGAGGGGAGGUUGCGGUGUGUACGAGACGCGGCCCAGCGGGCCGGAGAAGGCCGCCUCUUUGCCGAAGCAGAGUAUGCUCCCCAGGCUCAAGGGCGCCCCUCCAGCGCCUCCGGUGCGGAAGUCCAGCUUGGAUCAGAAGAACAGGGCCGGCCUUCCCGUCAGUGCGCUCUCAGAGCCCGCCUUGUCCUCGAAAGCUCUGGCGAAGAGGCCGGCGCAGAGCGACGUGGAGGCGAGGGUCGUGGUGGGAGAAUACGGCGGUGGCGGGCGCUCGCAGCAGCAAGGGAGGGGCGUGGAGACGGGACAGAGCCAGGCGUCUUACGGAGCCUACCCACACAGGACUAACGUGAGCCUGCAUAGCAGCAUCCUAUCCCUGCACCGAGCAGAUAGCCUCACGUCCUUGAGCUCCCGAGGCAGCCUCGGCAGAGAGAGUAGUGGCAGGAGCGGCGGGAAGAGCUCUGCGAAGGCGAUGAUGAUGAUGAUGAUGGGAGCGGCCGUCACCUCGAGGGGGGGCGGCGGCGGUCUGCCUCCGCUCAACGACUCCUCCAAGCCGUGCGGCGGCGCCGCCAAACCGCCCCCGUCGGCGCUCGCCGGCGCCAAGUGCUCGCCGGCGUCCUUUGCCGGGACCUCCAAGCCGCGGAGCAUGUCGGCCAGCAGCUCGGCGAGGACGGCGCCGCAGGGCGCGCCGAGGAGCGCCAGCGUUCCCUCCACGCCCAGGACCGUGGCUCGGACGGUUCCGUGCGGCAACAACAACGCGGCCGCCGCCAAGCACGGCCGGGGAGGGCCGGCGGCCGCGGGCGGCAUCGGUUGUCCCGGCGGAGGCGGCGGCAAAGCGUCGGCAGGCGGCAGGAUCGUGACCAACAGCCGGGUGACGGAGCUGGCCCUGAACGGCGCCGCUUCGCCCACUCCGUCACCUCCCAAGGUGAGCCACCCGCGGCGCUCCACCGACUCGGACAGCGGCAACGACAGCGGCGUCAACCUGCCGGAGUCGCCCACCCCGCGGUUCGGCGGGACGCCUGGCGGCGUGGGAGGAGGCCCCGCGGCGCUGGGCUCGCCGUCGGCGUCCGCGAUGCUCCUGCAGCUGCCGUCGCCCUACAGCAAGAUCACGGCGCCGCGCAAGGCGCGCUACAGCAGCGGCCACUUCAGCGACAACAGCAGCGUGCUCAGCGGCGACCUCCCUCCAGCGAUGGGCCGUUCGGCCAUUGGCGGAGGCUCGGGGGGCAGCAGCGGGUACGAGAGCGUGCUGCGGGACAGCGAGGCCACGGGCAGCGCGUCGUCGGCGCACGACUCGACGAGCGAGGGGGGCGGCUGCGGCGCGUCCGGGAUGGCAAGCGAGCGCUCGCGCAGCCUCAAGUCGCUCAAGAAGAGGGCGGCCACCGUAACUUCCGGCUCCCAGCGCGGCCGAGCCGCCGGUGUCCAGCUCCCCGCCGCGUCCACGCUCGCCGGCCCGUCGGCCCGCUGGGUGGACCUGCGCCCCAUGCAGAGAGCUCUGCACGAGCCAUUCCAGAUCACCGUCUACGAGAUCGACGACCUCGAGCGGCUGGAGCAGAGGAGGAGGCCCGAUGACACCGAGGCCGGCCUGCAGGACCCAGAGAGCAAGCUGCGCCUGCUGGAGAGGCGGCAGCGCGUGGCGGAGGAGCUGCGGGCGCGGCACGGCCUGCUCCUGGGCGAGCUCACCCACGCCAAGCGCCUGCUCAUGCUGGACCCGCUGCAGUGGAACGACGAGUUCGACAUCGAGGAGAGCUUGGAAAGCUGCUCGCUCGAGUACCUCGAGGCUCUGGAGUGGAAGACGGCACGGCUACAAGACCGCCUCGACCUGUGCCGCGCCAAGAUCAUGAUGGUCACCUGCUUCGACGUCACUUCGUGACGCUCGCCGGCAAAUGUCGGCGGCGCACGUCGCGACUUUUAGUUUUGUUUUUUAACGUGACGACUCUUGCCUCGUUCUCCGGCGCCUCCUCUCGUCUUCGUCCUCUCAAUUUGCUCCGGAUCGUCCGCGUCACAACCGACCCCGCCGAUGGGAGCUCGCCGGGCAAUCAACGCUGAGCCCGCGCAAGCGGCGCGCGCAUUGCGGCAAGGUAUUUGAAGCCAGUUUUUUUGGUCAAAUGGUGUCGUGUGUGCCAGUGACGCUGUGGGUGGAGAGCACUCGACUCACAACCUGAAGCUUCAAGUCUCCGUCCGGCGAUCGAUGGAGCUUUCGUCAUCACUCAAACCGAUGGAUCGCGAAACCGCUCGGUGGAACGUCAGCCAGCGAGCUUCCUGCGUAGAGACUGGCACCCGCCAUGGGAAUGUGGAAUCCCCAUCACUGGUUCAGGCCUGCCAACAGAGAUGAGCACGUCUCCAUUGCUCACCUGGGCAGGAGGACACUCUUGACUUUUGAUUACUGUCUAUGCCUAUACAGCAUAUCAUUCUCAUCAGCCAUAUACCAAUUAUUGCCUUGUGGCAGUUUGGCCAAUGGGGAAUACCGUUUGCUCAGUGGACAUGUGUUUAACCCCAGCAAAGCAUUCAGACUGAAACCAUUGCUGUUAAUUUUCAGUAAAAUCUACACUUUUUUUGCGUUCCAUUGGCAAAAACCUUUUCAUGACCCCCCUCCCCCCCUCUGGAAUGUACACUGUGUAACGUAAGAUUGGCGGCCUGUAGGUAUCUCAUGGACUUUGUGGCCCGCCGCUUAAAUGAGCAGCCCAAAGAGUUCUGUUUUUUUAGGCCUUCAUUUUAUUUGCGAAAGCAGUCGGCGGAACACACCGCAGCACUUCUUCCACCACGCAUCAGGCCCCAGCCACACGGAGGACGGCACAGGGAGUGUGCAUCGGACUUGCUGUGCGCGGCCUCUCUUUGGGGUCAAUCGUAGCAGAGCGGCCACUUUCACCGCGGCGGGCCCAAACCCAACGGCGUCACGCCGAGGCUGUGCGGGAUUGAAAUGAACGAGUCGAGCAAUUAAAUCGGAUCAGUUUAUUCGGAAACGGCGGCAUCGGCCAUCAUCGUGGCACCGUGCGAAGUCGUAGGUGUCUUUUUUAUUUUACUUCCCCGUGUCCUUUGCGCACGCGCGGAAGCGCAGUUUUUGGAACUGCGAUAGUUCCAUGCUGUACGUGAGUAACAAGGAGACACUCGACCUGCCGUUUGCGUUUUUUACGU